AUGCUCAUUGCCAUCUUCGCAUUUGGGGUAAGUUUUAGUACAUGGUUCUUCAUCUCCACACAGGUAUGCGUCAAUCUGCUGGGCUACACCACUGUUCUGACGGCGGUAUUCUUCUUGGGAGAAGAACAUCCUGGUCGCGGAUCUAUCUAUACCACAACUGGACCUGUCGCUUGGGCCUUUGCUACUCCGGACCGUGCCGGUGGAACCGGCCAUGGAGAAGGUUAUUGGUGCGCCCUUUUGGCGACGAUUAUCUUUGUCGUCGGGAGUCUUGUCACCUUGGUCCCGACUCAGAGUAUCCUGCGACAGAUGGAAUGGGGAAAUCAUGCCGUGGCGGGCGCAUUAUUCAAUACGGCGUAUCAGGGCGGCGCUAGUGUAGUCGUCACUUUUGAUGGAUAUCGCAAUGCCUUCUGGUUGCUGGCUUGGGCAGCAGUUGUUGUCGCUGCUUCCUAUUGGCCUAAGCCUGGCGAUCGAUCGGUGCGGCUGGCGGAGGAGGCACAGCCUGAGGACAUGGAAUAG